AUGAUACGUCCAUUGGUGCAAAUUAUCUUGACCCCUAACAAGUGUUCGUUCUAUCAUGCUGCGUAUGCUACGAAUGCCAAGCUAGCACUUACCUCUUUACAAAUGGACAAAAUGGUUGCGGAUGACACAUUUAUGGAUAUUAAUGGUGUCUUCGACGAAAUUAUUGCCUGUUUAAAUGCUGUCUCUGCAACUUUGGAUAAGUCACCUACUCAAAACGAACACACGGAGCGGGCUCUUUAUAGUUUAUGCAAGAGUAUCGACGGAUUUAGACAGAGCGCCAAAUACCUUUAUGAAUUUGUCUCGAAUAAAACGAAACAAGCACUUCAAGAAAAUUGCAACAAUCCAUACAAAACUCCGCCUCGUCAAGGAGAACUCAUUACACCGAGUGAUUUCGGCCCAUGGAACACCAACAUGGCUCAAUUAAACACGGUGCUUCAAUUAUGUAGUGAUGUUUUACCGGCAAGUUUGAUCCUUACAAAGAAAAAGCCCAAUCCAGCAAACAAACGAACCGUUUCACUAACAGAUGUCAUGGUAUCAUUCAUUGAUAUCAUGGUACUAUUAGCAAGAAUGGGAUUUAAUAUACUCGACGAAGACACCCAUCAUGUAGCUUACGGAUAUCUAACCACAGCUGAACGUAAAUGUACAGAAGUAAAUUUCCCAGAAGGAUUUCGAUGGUUGUCAGGUUCUUACUACAACUUGGGUGCUACCAUGAUUAAAACUGAGUUAUACAAACCUGCUCUCUAUCCACUUCGAAAGGCAUGCACUCUCUUAAGAAAGGACACCGAGCGUAUCACCUCAGUGGAAGGAAAAUUACAACUCUGUAAGCGCUAUGAAAUUCUUGGUACAUGCUGUCAAAAGAACGGAGAUUAUGAAGAAGCUAUUGUCGCCUACCGAUCUGCAUUGAAGAGUAUUCCCAAAAGCACAUUUGAAAGAUUUGUGAGUCGGGCAGAUACCACCGCUAUUUCUACCAUCAUCGAAACGGACCCAUUUGUACCCAAAUUAAUCGAUCGUUUCUUAAGAUCCUCUAUCAUUGAUCCGAAUCAAUCUGAAAUUCGUUUCGCUAAUGAGCUGAUGGAUCUUUCUGGCCUGACCGCUAUACAACAAGCCCUUGUGUAUGAAUGUGAAUUGAAAGUAUGGAAUUUCUUGGCUUUAAAAAUGAAUGUCACCAAAUUUCAAAUGGCUAUCGUUGAAAACCUGCUCUUAAUCUAUAAUGAGACCUUUUAUCCUAUUCGUAGGGCUAGGUAA